UUAUGAUAUCAAUACGCAUGCGCGAGAAACAAUAUGGUGGAAGUAUGGAGGAAGUUUAUGACGACGAAUCGAUGGUGUGUUCUGGUUGUCUGAAUGUAAUAGAGGAUGACGAAUUUCUACAUGCAUUAGAUCAUGAUUGGCAUAGCGAUUGCUUCAGGUGUUCAGUAUGUGAUAUUUCAUUGACAAAUUGGUAUUUUGAGAAAGAUGGGCUCCUCUUCUGUAAAAAUGAUUAUUGGACAAAGUAUGGUGAAGCUUGCCAAGAUUGUAGUGAAAUUAUUACAGGACCAGUAAUGGUUGCAGGAGAUCAUAAAUUCCAUCCAGAAUGUUUCAAAUGUUCAAACUGUGGAAGUUUUAUUGGCGAUGGAGAUUCAUAUGCUCUCGUGGAAAGAUCAAAACUUUUUUGUGGUACUUGUUACAAACGUCAAAUGCAACCAUUAUCAAAACGAACAUUCUUUGGGAAACAACCACAUAGUAUACAACUAGUUGAGAUACCUGCAACAUCUGAUGGCAAGACUCGAGGGAUUAAACUUACAAUGGAUCACUCCAAAGAUUGUUUAAGCUUGGAUAGACUAAGAUUAGGAGUUCAUAUAGCUGAGUAAGUUUUGAAGCUAUGAACAAAUUUUAAA